GCUCCGCGGGGGCGGAAGUAAGCCGUAUCGCCGAGGCCUCGUACUCCCAAUGGCGACUUGCAAACGGGCUACAGAACAGAAAGCGGGAGCUACAGUGGAGGGGGGUCAGAGCUGUGCAAUUGAAAAUUAAAUAAAUAUAUCAACAUUUUCCAUAGCCAUAAAAGAGAGCUUGAAAUCCGCCUCGCCUCUCCAAAAAAACCCCGGCCGAUUCCAAUGGCCAAUAAUCGGGACAUUUCGCUCCUUGAGACGGAGCUUUAUUACGUGGUUUCUCGGUUCCUCACCACGGGUCCGUGCCGGAGAGCGGCGGAGGUCCUGGCCAGUGAACUAGAGCAGUACCAGCUCUUGCCCAGCAGAUUGGACUGGCUUGGAAACGAGCACCCGAGAACAUAUGAAGACGUGGUUGCAGCAAACAGACAUAUUGCACCUAACCAUUUGCUGCAGAUAUGUAAGCAAAUUGGACCACUCCUUGACAAAGAGGUGCCAUCAUGUGUCCCAGGUGUACACUCUCUGCUGGGGUCUGGCAAGCAGUCAAUGCUGAGGAAGGCAAAAGACUGCGACAGUGCGCGGUUUCAAGCUUCAUCAUAUGCAGCCCUUCACCGGGGCCGACCACCAGAGAGGCCUUUGAAUUGCAAGAAAACAUCACACCUAGUGAAGGUGCUUCGGGGGAGAGAGCUAACAGGGGAGCAGCGCUUCAGCUCCAUCAGUCCUGUCAGCAACUAUGAGCGCAUGCGUCUGCAUAGGCGGAUCCUGGGGCAUCUGUCUGCAGUGUACUGUAUCGCCUUUGAUCGCACUGGUCUCAGGAUCUUUACAGGCUCAGAUGACUGUUUGGUGAAGAUUUGGUCUUCGUUUGAUGGAAGACUUCAUUCCACGUUGCGAGGACACUCUGCAGAGAUCACAGAUUUGGCUGUGAACUAUGAGAACACACUAAUUGCUGCAGGAAGCUGUGACAAGACCAUUCGUGUGUGGUGCCUUCGUACCUGUGCUCCCGUGGCUGUGCUGCAGGGGCACAGUGGAUCUAUUACCUCCCUUCAGUUUUCGCCUUUUGCCAAGGGCUCCAAACGAUAUAUGCUUUCCACUGGAACUGAUGCUACUGUCUGCUUCUGGCAGUGGGAUGUCAACAACAUCAACUUUAGCGAUAGGCCACACAAGUUUACAGAGCGACCGAGGCCUGGAGUUCAGACUGUGUGUUCAUCAUUCAGUCCAGGUGGGAUGUUCUUAGCAACAGGAAGUACCGAUGAUGUCAUUAGAAUAUAUUACGUAGGAAGCGGGAGUCCAGAGAAGAUAUCAGAGCUCCAUGAGCACACGGACAAAGUUGACAGCAUCCAGUUUUGCCACUCAAGUGAAAGGUUUGUGAGUGGAAGUCGAGAUGGAACAGCCCGAAUCUGGAAGCUCCACCAGCGGCAGCAGUGGAGGUGCAUCCUCCUCAACAUGUCGGCUAAUCUUCCAGGUGCUGAACCAGUAAAUGAAGAAGAAAGCUACUUCAAACCCAAAGUCACCAUGGUAGCGUGGGAUCGUCAUGACAAUACAGUCAUCACGGCUGUUAACAACCAUCUCCUUAAAGUGUGGAACUCCUACACAGGGCAGCUGCUACAUAUCCUUAAAGGGCAUGAGGCUGAGGUGUUUGUCCUUGAACCUCACCCUUCUGAUCCCAGGAUCAUCCUGUCUGCCGGCCAUGAUGGGAAUGUCUUCAUCUGGGACCUUUUGCGAGGAACAAACACGCAGCACUACUUCAACAUGAUUGAAGGUCAGGGUCAUGGAGCUGUUUUUGACUGCAAAUUCACUCCUGAUGGCCAGCGCUUUGCCUGCACAGACUCUCACGGCCAUCUGCUCAUCUUCGGCUUUGGCAGUUCCAAGCCCUACGAAAAGCUUCCAGACCAGGUGUUCUUCCAUACGGACUACAGGCCGCUAAUCCGGGAUGCUAAUGGAUUCGUGUUGGAUGAGCAGACGCAGCAGGCACCCCAUCUCAUGCCCCCGCCGUUCCUGGUGGACGUGGAUGGAAAUCCCCAUCCGCCAAGGUACCAGCGUCUUGUUCCUGGGCGGGAGAACAUUGCUGCUGAGCAUCUGGUUCCUCAGCUGGGAUAUGUAGCCACCAGUGAUGGUGAAGUGGUGGAGCAGGUGAUCAGCCAGCAGACCGCAGAGCAUGAGCAGGUGGCAAUAAGACGCAGCAGCCUUCUGGACGAAGCCAUCCGGCAGCUUCAAGAGCGGCAGAACCGGCACAACCCGCCUGGGGCGGGGGCGGCUCCAGAGGGCCAGCCUGACGCUCAAGGGCCAGUGUCGGCACCGGCACCGAGCACACCACGCAGGGUGUCUGUGAAUGACCGAGCAGAUGUGCAAUCACCACCUAAUGUGGGUCUGCGCCGCAGCGGACAAGUGGAGGGUGUAAGGCAGAUGCACCAGAACGCUCCUCGCAGCCAGAUGGCCACUGAGAGAGACCUGCAGGCUUGGAGGCGGAGGGUGGUCGUACCUGAGCUGGCACCCAGCAGCUAUAGGAACCAGGAGGGUGUGCGAACAACCAGAGGGGAUGAUGAGAUGCUUCUGUACAACGCAAAGAAAAGACGCAUCAUCUAUAGCUGUCGGGAUGAUUCAGAUGACGAGCCCACCACUGCCAAGCGAGCCCAUGGCCACAGACCUUCGCAGGGCUUGAUUGAGACAUCGUGUGAGGAGGGGGAGGAGACUGCCAGCUCAGAUGUGCACUCAGAGGACAAUGAACUGGAUGGAAGUGAACUGGAUUCCUCCAAUGAUGAGGAGUGGAAUAGUGACAGCUCAAGCCAUACAUCCAGCGAGUACUCGGACUGGACAGCAGAUGCCGGUAUAAACCUGCAGCCCUCCACCCCCUUGUCGUCACGGAAACGAGCGAGGCUCAGGCUCAGCAGUUCUGAAGAGGAGGAAGAAGAGAAUGAGGAAGAGGAGGAGAAGCAGCAAAGCGACGAGGAGGAGAAACCUGCAAAGAAGAGCAAGGAGAAGGCAAAAAAAGCAAAGACCAAGUCACCCAGGCGUCCAAAGGCCAGACCAUCUAUUAACAGAGAAGUGUCAAAUGAGUUCAGGCCACCACAAUGGAUCACUGAUGUCAUUCCCAGAAAGUCUCCUUUUGUUCCCCAAAUGGGGGAUGAGGUAAUAUACUUCCGGCAGGGACACGAGGCCUAUGUUGAGGCCGUGAGCCGCAGUGAUCUCUACCCCAUCAACUUGGAAAAACAACCCUGGAGCAAAAUGCAACUGCGGGACCAAGAAUAUGUGAAGAUCACUGGGAUCAAAUAUGAAGUCUGUCCUCCGACGCUGUGUUGUCUGAAGCUGACUCUUAUUGAUCACGGCACCGGCAAAAUCACAGACAAGUCGUUCACUAUCAAAUAUCAUGACAUGCCAGAUGUGAUUGAUUUCCUGGUGUUGAAGCAAAGUUAUGAUGAAGCUCUGCGUAGAAAAUGGCGACCAAAUGACAGGUUUCGCUCGGUGAUAGAUGACGCCUGGUGGUUUGGGACCUUCAUCUGUCAGGAGCCCUACCAGCCAGAAUACUCCGACAGCCUUUUCCAAUGCUUCAAAGUCAGGUGGGACAAUGGUGAGACGGAGAAACUGAGUCCUUGGGACGUGGAACCCAUUCAGGAUGAGGCAGCCCAGGAGCCGGAGAUGGAGGGAGGCGGCGUCCCUGUUACAGCGGAUGAGAUGAAGGAGCUGAUGUACAAGCCUUUGCCAGGGGAGUGGGGUGAGAGGAGCAGGGACGAGGAAUGUGAGCGCAUCGUUGCUGGCAUUAAUCAGCUCAUCGCUGUUGAGAUCUCCGCUCCUUUCUCUGGUCCUGUGGACUUGGUCCAGUAUCCCACCUAUUGCACCGUGAUUGCAUAUCCUACAGAUCUGGACACGCUUCGACUGCGACUCAUAAACCGGUUCUACAGACGUCUUUCAGCAUUAAUUUGGGAUGCCAGGUAUAUUGCACAUAAUGCCCGCACUUUCAACGAACCAAGGAGCAAAAUCGCCCACUCUGCAAAAAUGAUCACAAAUAUCCUCCAGAAGUUUGUCAAUAAUCCAAGCUGCACAGAUAUCAUGGAAAUUUACUCCGCUGUGGAGGAAAUGGAUGAUGACGAUGAGGAGGAAGACGCAGAAGCACCGGGUACAUCUUCUGGGCACAGGCUGCGUCAGCAGCGCUCUGUAGAGGUGCCACCGGACAGAGAUUCCUGGAAGGAACAAUGCAAAAACUUAAUGAACUACGUAUUUGACUGUGAGGACUCUGAACCUUUCAGGCAGCCGGUGGAUCUUCAGAACUACCCGGACUACCAUGACAUCAUCCACACGCCAAUGGACUUUAGCACAAUAAAGAGAAUGCUGGAAGAAGAUCGCUACGACAACCCCACAGAGCUGUGCAAAGACACGCGCUUAAUAUUUGCCAAUGCUAGAGCGUACACACCCAACAAACGCUCCAAGAUUUACAGUAUGACGUUGCGCCUCUCUGCCUUCUUUGAGGAACAGAUCAGAACAAUCAUAUCAGAGUACAAAACUGCUGUAAAGAGCAGCGACAGGCUCCGCCGCAGUCAGAGAUUCCGCAAGAAAAUGCAGCAGCAGCAGGAGCAGUCUGCCACCACUAGAUCAGCGGGUCAAAAGAGGGAUGCUGCCAAAACUCAGGAAAAAUCAGAGUCGACAUCAGUAACCAAAUCUACCUCAGCAAAAUCGUCUGUUCCUGAGAGGACCAUGCGGAGUCGAGGACGAAACUCGACGGGCAGAAGCUCGGCGGGCAGAAGCUCGACGGGCAGGAGCUCGGCAGGCAGAAGCUCGGCAGGCAGCUCCUCAGACGACGACUCCGUCUCCAAAGCUGCCUCAUCAACACCAGAGUCUGAAAGUGAGAGCGAGCCAAGUGACUCUGACGACGAGGAACGGCCACGGCCAAGUUCCUCAAAGCAUCAUAAACAGAAACGGAAAGCAAGAGUUACAAGAAGCAAACGCUCCAAGCAGAAUAAUAAAGCUGGCAGUAGUGACAGUGAAGAAGAUGAAGAGGAAGAACUUGCGAGCGAAGGCGAAGAGGGAGAAGAUGAACGGGCGUCCUCUCGGUCUUCAGAUCGUCGCUAUCCCAGCAGGAGCAGCCGGCUAACUAGAAACAGGGCUGCCGGAAAGAGAAACGGAGCAGAGGGCAGAGCAGAAAUGAACGGCCACAGUAGCAGGUCAUCUCACAGGGAGAGGCGUCACCUCCAGGACUCCGACAGAACCACGUCUCAGGGUUCUGACAGGGAAGAAAAGGUUGAAAUCCGCAGAUUCCUUAAGAGGAAGACUGCAAGAGCCGCCGUUAAGAUGAUGAAGCUCCUUGAAGUAUCAGAUGAAGACUAUGAAGAGGAAGAGGAGGAGGAGAAACCAACAAGGAGCAGCACCCGGCUUCGCCACAAGACUGGUGUCAGCAAACGGGCUGCAGUGAUCCAGAGCAGCUCCGAUUCAGAUGAAGAGUCAUCUGUGAGAGCUUCCCAGAAUACAAAUGAGUCAGGUAGUGAAUCCAAGGAUGAAGAAGAUGGAAAUGACAGCGACACUUCCUCAGCCCGGAUCAAGCAGAACGGAGACGCCAAACAAAGGACGCCGAGACAAGCUGCAAAGACCAAGGGAAAUGAUGCUUGCUCUCAUGUGAAUGGGCACGGUAGGAGAACCAACUCCGAGCGGGAGGAAACUGUGGAAGACAGCUCUGGGGAAGCUGAAGAGGAGCGGGCGCCACCGCCCCGGAAACCCUCUAGAAGCACAGCCGCCGCUUUGGCAAGGAAAAGCCGGAUUUCAAGUGAGGAGGAAGAGGACACCGAACCCCAAGCCACGCAACACAAACCUCGUGCUAGCUCAGACGAAGAGGACAAAGGGGAUCUUUCCCACAAGUACCCUCACCAAAACGGAGUAAGUGAGGAGGAAUCAAUACGCAGGGACUCCAAGAAAAACAAAGUUUCUAAAUCAAAAAGCCAAGACAAACAAAAAUCUGCCUCAACGAAUAAACUGGAUGGUGCAGAAUCAGAUGAUUCUCCAAAGAGAUCCAGCCCACGCAAGAAAAAAGUGAAAAAAGAUAAAGUGGAAAGCAGGCGUUCCAGUGAUGACUCCGACUUUGUAACAAAGAGACCAACAAGACAAAAAAGCAAAAGGCCUCAUGGCAGCACCUCAGCUUCAGAGAGUUCUGAGCAAGAGUACAAACCCGAGAAGAAGUCCAGGAGGAAGCGCUCCACGGGCUCAUCGGACGAAGAGUCGGAAAGCUCCGAUCGCACGUUAAACCGACGGCUGAGGCUCCGACCGCUAGCGAAAAAGAAAUAUGUCAGCGAUAACUCUGAGGAAGAGUCUGUCCCAGCAGAUAAGAGCAGGCUGAGGAAUGGUAAUAAAAGAGCCGCAGAGUUGGGAGUAUCCAGCAGAACAUCUCCUACUGAAACCAGGAAUCCGCUUUCUUCCAAGAGAAAACGUAUUUACACCUCAGAAUCUGAGGACGGGGAAAAGGAGCCGGUAUCCAGUAACAACAGGAACAGCAGGUCGGGCUCCUCCAAGCGCUCCAAAAGGGAAUCCAAAGCUGGUGAAAGCAGAAAGAGGGACACCUCCAGCCAAUCUGAUUCCAGUCAGGAGGAGGAAGACGUCAGCCCCUCGAGGAGGAGAAAAAACCCAAGGCAGUCAGAACCUAAGCGAAAGGAAAGCUACAGCAGCAGAAACAGUUCAGAAUCAGAGAGCGAGCAGUCGUCUUCAGCCUCUGACAACUCAUGUGUGAGCUCAGGGCCCCACAGCAGUCCAAAGAGGAGGGGGGGAACUGGCGGAAGGACUUUCAGCCGCCGGCCGAGGCGGCGGCGCCGCCAGGGUGCUACCUCGGAGGAGGAAGACAGCGACGAGUUGUACAGCAAAUCUCCGCGCGUGAACACCCGGAACCGGGGGAAGCGGACGGUAAAUUAUCACGACAGUGAAUGAAGGACACGGCAGCGGGAACUUUACAGGGAAGACCGACAUUAACUGGAGACGUUAAAGACACUUGAUGGCCACGUUAUGGUAGUAGCACUGGAGUCCUCGAGGAAAAUAAUGCUGUGAAUCUGUUCCAUUCAGGGAUAUUUAUAUUUUCUAUGAAAAACAUGUUUAUAGAUGUUAUACAAAAUUCAAGCAUUUGGACUGCUGCUUUUCACAAGAAUACAGAGAAAAAAACGCCACCUCUCAUACUGCUUGUUGUGAUUUGGCCGGCAGAGUAACAGUUCUGGGCAAUCUUUGUCAGCUUGGGUGCUAUUUAAUAUACCUCUGUUUAAUCGAGCAUAUUGCUGGCUUGCACUAAGAAACACUGUAAUGAGGUAUUUCAUACACUAGUUUUCCAUUAAAAAAAACUCAGGGGUCAACUAAGUUUACUGUAGUCUCAGACAUGCAGUUGUUUACGAUUCCAGAUCGGCAGAUGUCCAAGCACAUUGACUGGGACAAACAAAUCCAUGUUCAGACGUUUGACUACAGCACUCCUUUGUAAAUCCACACACUUAAUGCUUGACUAUAUUGUGAGUUGAUAUGAGCCAAAUGAACUAAAAUGAAUUAUUUUCCCCAAACAUCUUCUUCUUUUCUCUCUUUUUUUUCCUUAUUAGAUUUGUUUUAUAUUCUAGUGAAUAGAUGUAAAUAUUUGAUUAAUUAAAUUGCCGAGCGGCUUGACAAGAAGUCGUGAGGACAGCGUUUAUUUAAAUUGGAGUUUUUUUUCUCGCAUUAAACUGCAUUGUCUUGCCAUAUGUCACAAAUUGGUACUUUUUUUUUUUUUUUUUGCCAAGUACAAACAACCAAAAGUACUAAAUGCAAAAUACGGAGAUUUCUCAUAUUGGGAAGACGUUCUGUUGUUGUCCUGUGUUACCCACAUUCAGUAUUAAAUUCUUUUUUUCAGAGUUGAUUCAAACAUUUUGCCAGUCAUAGUUUAUUUUUGUUUUAGUUUAUGGGGAGGGUUAUAAGUACAGUAACUUGAGGAUAUUUUGUUUAAUGUUUUUUCAUACUACACAUUUAAUAAACAGAUUACACAGGAAAACUAUUAAUGCAUUGUGGUCGUGGAGUGCAAUGAAUGAGUUAUUCUUCCUAUUAAUAAAGACAUGAAUUCAAGAUA